AUGGCGGACGUUUUGCUGGAAACCACUGUUAUGGAAGUGGAGCCUGCAAGUUAUACCAAAAGGAAUCUAGACAGAUUGCUAUUCAGAAAGGGACAAUUCCUUCUUUUGGAAAACCAUUCAGAAACCUUAACUCUGUAUAGCACUUGAAACAUUUGUCUACCAAAGUACCCCGCUCAGGAAUCAGGGCUAGGAAGGGCUUCAAAUGCCUUAAGGCAAAUAAUGAAUAAUGUAUGCACUCCUGUUUUGUUGACUCCUGUCGUUAUUAGCAGUGAAAGACACAAAACAAUAGAUGGCAGUAUUGGCAUGAAUAUCCACUUGUGUGUUUUACUUUAAAAAUUCUUCCCCAGCCAGUGUCCAAAUUCUCUCUGCUGGUAGCCCUGCCAUUUGUCUCUACUUCCCUGCUUCUCACCUGUCAUCUAACUGUAUUGUUGUUGUUGUUGUUUAGUCGUUUAGUUGUGUCCGACUCUUCGUGACCCCAUGGACCAGAGCACACCAGGCACUUCUGUCUUCCACUGCCUCCCGCAGUUUGGUCAAACUCAUGCUGGUAGCUUCAAGAACACUGUCCAACCAUCUCGUCCUCUGUCGUCCCCUUCUCCUUGUGCCCUCCAUCUUUCCCAACAUCAGGGUCUUUUCCAGGAGUCUUCGCUUCUCAUGAGGUGGCCAAAGUAUUGGAGCCUCAGCUUCAUGAUCUGUCCUUCCAGUGAGCACUCAGGGCUGAUUUCCUUAAGAAUGGAUAGGUUUGAUCUUCUUGCAGUCCAUGGGACUCUCAAGAGUCUCCUCCAGCACCAUAAUUCAAAAGCAUCAAUUCUUCGGCGAUCAGUCUCUAUAUGCUCCAGCUCUCACUUCCAUACAUCACUACUGGCCUAACUGUAUACUCUCCUCCAUUCUCCUCCUUCAUCCUCUUUUUGGCAAUGUAAAAGAAUGUCUUUAAACGCAGGAAGGUUGUCCCCCAACACAGCUGCAUUUCAAGUAACAUUUGCAUUUGCUGUACACACCAGAGAGAGGGUAGGGGAGUCUUUGCCCAAUGAACAUUACUGAUGGGUCAGGGCAAAGGUCCAUAUCUAGUCCCACAUCCUGUUCUCAUAGUGGCAACCAGAGGAUCUAAAGGGAAGCCUGCAAGCAGGACCCAAAUGUAACUGUACUCUGUCCACUUGGGAUUCCCAGCACCUGGUAUACAGAUGUGUAUUGCCUCAAACAUAGCCAUUAUGGCUAGUAGCCACUGAAAGCUUUAUUUCUUUAAUAAAAGACAGCAAAUGUUAAUAAAAUUAAUAAAAUUUUUAUAAAACAGCAAAUUAAUAUAUAAAUUGUACAAAUAUGAGCCAAAUUCUGACAGAUUCUGAAAUGUACUCAGAGUCGCAAAGUGAUUUCAUGCUCUUUAUUCAGCUCAUAGUGGUGAGGAGGAAUGAAUGAAAGUCCCCUCACAGUAUCUGCUUUAUUUACACAAUGGGCUGCACAUGAUUGGCUAAUUCCGGAAUUCUACUGUAAGCCAAUCAGGUUGCGGAUUCACUUCUAUCUGGAGCAGGAUUGGGUGGAUCCUGCCAACCAAUCAUACUUCUGCAUUGUUCUAGGACCAAUCAGACUGCUGCAUUCUGAAUCCUAUUGUUCUAGGACCAAUCAGACUGCUGCAUUUUGGAUCCUAUUGUUCUAGGACCAAUCAGACUGCUGCCGUUUGGAUCCUAUUCAACUCAGUACAUAACAGAUUCUUAAAAGACUACAGUUGUGUGUGUGUGGAGCUUACUCCCAGUAAAUGGGAUAAGGAUUUCAGCCUAAACUAGGAAAAUAAAUAAUGUGCAAUGCAAGGCUUGCAAUCCAAAUAUUAGCGUAAAGCAGGGUUUCCCAAGCUUGGGUUUCCAGCUGUUUGGAGACCAAAACUUCAUCCCUUCCUCCAUUCUUUCAGGGGGAAAAUUGGAGAGAUUCUGCACUCAGAUAAAUUGAUGCUGGCUAUGACAACCGGAACUUGCUGCUUUCUUGUAGGAUGAGCGACUGCAAUUUGAUACUCUUAACUGGGAGAACAUUUAGUCCUUGCUGUGAUUUCUGCAUCGAAGGAGUUGGGCUGGAUGAUGCUUGGGAUCCCUUAAAACCCUACAAUUUUAUGAUUCUAAGUAACAUCUAAAUAGGCUCUGGGCACCUGCAUGGAUUUUUCUUUGUCUAUGGUGGCUUAUCCUUAAAAACAACAACACAUACCGGUAUUUAUGCAUUUUUAUAACUGUUGUACAUACAUCAUAUACUGUCCAUCACACAAUUUUCCUACUCAUAUUGAAAUACUGCGCCUCAAUGAGGCCAAACUUAGAUUCACAAAAUGUUUAGGGGUAUGCGUUCUCCAGUGUCCUCCCAGAAAAAAGCACUGCCAUCACAUAUCCAUUUCCUAAGGACUUCCCAGUCCACCUCUCCAUGGCAUUCUAUCAGCUGCAUAUCCUGAUCUUCUACCCAUUUUUAUCUCAAAUCUUCCUUUGUUUGAUAUUAUUUGCUGCUCACAUGUUUACUUCCACUUGCAGGUUGAAUUGAAUAUUAUACAGUGGUGCCUCAGGUUACAUACGCUUCAGGUUACAUAAGUUUCAGGUUACAGACUCUGCUAACCCAGAAAUAGUGCUUCGGGUUAAGAACUUUGCUUCAGGAUGAGAACAGAAAUCAUGCUCCGGCGGCACGGUGGCAGCAGGAGGCCCCAUUAGCUAAAGUGGUGCUUCAGGUUAAGAACAGUUUCAGGUUAAGAACGGACCUCCAGAACGAAUUAAGUCCUUAACCCAAGGUACCACUGUACUCUCUAAGAUAUUCUCCAAAACUCUUCUCUUAACUUUGUCUCAUCUUAUCCUGUAAGCCUUUUACUUCCUUUUGCACUGCGUUUGCUCCAAUUUGGUGGUAAAACACAAGUUUUCCCAGGACAAAAAAUACCACCACUUGGACACAGAGCUUUAAAGCCCAGACCUGCGCCUAGAAACAUGGCACAAAAGGAAGUCUGGAUGAGCCCUAGGACACACACAUGAGUAUAAAUAUGGUAAAAUAAAUGUCCUAAAUUAUUUACAGUAUAAACUGAACUGAAAGCUAUAUUGUCCUUCUCAUGCUACAACAGCAGCAAGAAUACUCAUUGCAAAGUAUUGGAAGACACAAGAUCUACCCACUCUGGAAGAAUGGCAGAUGAAGGUGAUUGACUACAUGGAAUUGGCAGAAAUGACUGGCAGAAUCUGAGACCAGGGAGAAGAGUCGGUGAAAGAAGACUGGAAGAAAUUUAAAGACUAUUUACAGAAAUAUUGUAAAAUUAAGGAAUCUUAGAAGGAUGUUGGAUAGAAACUAAGUGGUUUCCAGCUGUAAUGCUUUAAGAGAUACGAAAAAAGGUUUAUAAAUGGGUAAAAGCUUAAUGGUAAGGAUUUGCUGAACUAACAAACUGAACUGGAAUACAAAAAAGGGAGGUACAAGGAGGUCCGGGGAAAUAAGUGUAAGGAAGAUAUGCUUUGGAAAAUUAACGUGUUUUUAACUGUUUUUAUUUUGUAUGUUUCUUUUUAUUUUUCAUUUCUUUGUUAUAUCUUAAAAACUUUAUUCUUUUUUCUGUAUUUUGUAUUUUCUUGCAUUUUUAUUUUUUGUUUUUGUGUAAUUCUUGUACUCUUUGAAACUUUAAUAAAUAUCAUUUUAAAAAAAAUGAAAGUUAUAUUGUCCUUCUCUUCCACUAUAUUCUAUUUCUUACUACAUUUUAAAAAUGUAUUUGUUCAUAUCUUCCAGGCAAUCUUUCAAAUGAACAAUUUUGUCAUUUAAUGGAAGAGACUUGAAGGCUUAGCAUAAUUAAUGGGGCCACUUUCUUUCUUUGUUCCUCCCUCUUCUGUUCCCAUCUGCAGCACUUAUUUUCCUUCCUCUUUCAGUCUGGAGACACAUGAGUCCUGUAGCACAGCAUUAAUACUCGACAAGGUCUGUUUUAUUGGUUUACAUGCCCUCUUUGGCCGCUUGAGACAUUUAUUAGUCUUUAGCUAAUGUAUAUGGGACUUUCUGUCUUUUGAACAUUAAUUAAGAAAGCAUUCCCAACUGGACAUUGAUGUUAUUAUGAAGCAGGCUAUGCUAUGCUGUGUUUAAGAAUAUGUUGCACAACUGCAUGGUUUAAAUAGAGUCCCUUAAGACAGACAAAAGCUUUUUAACAUUUAUAAAGCGAUGACACCAUGGCUUUAUGACAUUUUGUAAAGUAAACACUACUCAGAGUAGGUAUAAUGAUACUGUGAAUGCUUGUUCCAUCUUACAAAUAGUCAGCUGAUGAUCUCAUGGCCAAGCCAAGUUAGAUUCAAUUAUGCUAAGAAUUUAGCACACUUAUAAAGUUGUUAUCUAUGUUGUCCUAGGAUUCUGUCUUAAAUUUGAACCAAGUUGAGAGAAUUUGUUUCCUCACUUCAAUUUUUUUUUAAAAAAACAAUGUAUUACUGUAUUGCUGCAGAUUCUGAUAUUAGUGACAUAAAUGUACACUACAGCCAAACUUUUCCAGAUGACACAAGAAAGGAGUUUGUCAUUUUACCUUGCCAUGCUGAAUAAUGCCUGCAAUAAGCUAUGCUUUGAUAUAAUGGGUUAGGUGUCUCAUAUCUGUAGAAUUUCACUCUUGUUUCAGUAGGUCUUAUUAAAGGCUAAAGCCUAUGAUUAGUAAGGAGAUUUAUCCUACACUAUAUUGUGACAUAAGGCAAGACACCUUUUCCCUUUCACUUGCUCUACCCCUCUGUGGUUACUGCUCCCCUUCCCACAACCACUUUCUCAACUCCCAUAGUCCAUCAAGAAAAUCCCUUUGGAAUCUCCUUUAUACCUCUGUUCACAUGUAUCUGUACCUUUCUUACAGUGGUGGCACUCAUGACCAUUUAUCUUAUGUCUUAAUAUAGCCUUCUACAACUUGGUGUCCUCCAGAUGUUGCUAAACUACAACUCUCCUCAUCCCUGCCCAUUGGCAACACUGGCUAGGGUGGAUGGAAUUUGGAGUCCAAUGACAUGGGGGUGGGCAGGCACCAAGCUGUUGGGUCAGAUUGCCUUAAUAUACAGUUCCCAUGCUCAUAUAGGCCCAACUCUAAGUGAGAUGUUAACUUUUUGACACUUAAUGUAGUGUAAACCACCCUGAAGGACAGUACAGAAAUUUAAUAAUUAAUAAUAAUGCCCACCCCUCCCUAAUCUCAACAGAAUGAAGGCAUGCAGGGGGCGGGGGAGAAGGCAGCAUACAGUUCAAACAAUAUUUUGUUUCAGCUUAUUUAUUUAAACUAUUUCUUAACCAUCCUUGAUCAAAAGAUUCCAGGGUAUUGUACAUAAUCCAUAUAACAUAUAAAAUAUAAUUUAAAACCAACACAUAACCAUAACAAAAUAAAUGAAAAAAGCUAAAAACAUAAUAAUAAUAAUAAUAAUAAUAAUAAUUUAUACCCCGCCAGCUUCCAACUUAAUAUUAAAAAUACAUUAAAACAUCAGUCAUUAAAAACUUCCCUAAACAGAGCUGGCACAACUGGUACCUUAAGUGGUUUACCAUGCAUGAUAUAAGAAUAUCUAGUGAUCUUGUCAAGUUUAUAGCUAAGUACUUAUCAAUCAAGACACUAAAUCAAGGGGUCAGUGUAUAAUGAGAACAGUGCUAUCCUGGACUAUAAGAGUCUCUCCUACCCCCUCAAAAAUUAUUAAGGGCAAAAGGCCUAUACUCUUGAUCAGUCUUCACCCAUCUAGUGCCCUCCAGAUGUUUGGGACUACAGCUUCCAUGGCCCUGCUGGCUUGAAGUUGUGGUCAAACUCUGGAGGGUACUAGGUUGGUAAACGUUCAUCUAGAUCUUCUGACGAGGGGCUAUAGGAGUCAGUAGAAACUCUGCUACACCAGCAGAACAUAAGCUACACAUAACACCUCAAAUAACACCAGCAGAGCAUGCUGCUGGCAGAGCUGUUCCAUUAUUUAUUUUAAGUAUUUAUAUACCACUGUUAAUCAGAAAAGACCACAAAGUGUUUUAUGUGAUAUACAGCUGCUCUUGGGAGGGAUGUAUGUGAAAUAACCAACACAGCUGGCUAGAUUUUAGGACGUAGUUGGAUGUAGUUCAAAAUUUACUGCCACACUACUGGAUUGCAUCUCCUUUUUUCACCUUCCCUGACCUUUUCUCCUUUCCUUAUAUAUGGUAAAAAACCAUGGUUUGUAAUAUCUUACGGCACUAGAAAUUUGUGGCAUCCAUCACUGCACAUGGUAUACACUAUAUACCAUUUUUUUGAAUCAUGGGAUCAAAAUUCUUAUUGAUGGGUUAAACUGUAAGGUUCUGGAAUAAUUUUGUUGGCUACCAGUUUAAAUAUGGAAAUAAACGAGAGUAACAACAAAUUACAUUUUGAAAUAGUGUUCUGUGUAAUGAUAAUCUAUGACUUAAGGCAAUCAGUCCUAAGUCUGCUUUCUGACCUCUAGAAUUACUAGCAAAGCUAUUUGACCUAAAUACAAUCUUCCAAAGCAGAGUAUGCAAGAUAUUGUUUUACAGGAAGCGGUAAGCAAUGACAAAGAAUUUCCCCAAGGCUUUAUUUUAUUCCGAAAUGAAUUUGGGUAUAAUGCAUUACAAUUCUGUCUGGGAAAACGCUUAGCUCCACAGUUACAUAGAGUAUGCAUUUACGUAUGGUAUCAAAUGGUAAAAUGAUAGGGAGAAAUAUGAUGCCUCUCUGUUAUUUUAUGUUGCACCCUAGUACUUUUAAACAAUGGAGGCCUCCUGCAUUAUCACCUUAAAUGAGGUAUCAUCCCAUUCUGGGCAGAUUGCGGAACAGUUUCCUACCACCCUUAAGUUCUGUAAUAUAAAUGGACAAUUAUAAAAUUAUAAAUAUAGAUUCUGCCCCCCACCCGUUUUAAAUAUAUAUCAGUGUUGGUACCGGUAUAUUGUAAUGUGCUGGAAUAUAACUUUUUAAAAAGUAUGUCAAAUUAGCAAAAUGUGGUAUAGGCUUCAGGUAUGGCAGAAAUGCUCUUCUGCUGCCAGUGAAUAAGGUCCCAUACAAACCCUGGUCUCCCAGGCAGCCUGGUACACCUGCUCCAGGCCUCAGAGGUCUAAGAUGGCUGGGGGACCCCCAGAGACCAGCUCCUUUUCCGUUUCAGUUUAUAACUGAACCCCUUUCCUGGGGUCUCAGAAAAUCUCUGCACAGGCCUUUUCCCAGGUAUGGCACUCUAACCACUACACAACCCAGGGAUUUGACUCAUGUUGCUUUUCUACUUUAAAAAGCCCUCUAUGCACAUUUAUGUAUAAAUGUGUUGUGCAUAUUGGCAUUUUAAAAAUCACAUUAUUUUUGAAACAUAGCUGUUCUGUUUUGUUCAGAAGCCCCUUUUGCUCCCCAAACUUGUAUCUCGAAACUGAGGGCUGGUGGACCAUGUUAGGACACAGAAAGUUCCUUCCACAAAAAUUAUGGAAGAAUGUGGGGCGGUUAUCUUUUCAACCCGUGUGUGUGUGUCUACUGCCAUUGCACACUGAUGCUGGUUUUUUUUAAUGAGCUUGAGCCCAAGGUUUUUUCUCUUUGGGUUUUCUCAGCUUACUUUGGAUAUACUGCAUAAACAAUUAUUGCACUUUUUACUAAAGACCCCACCAAAAACAUCUGAUUUUUCAGUAUACUUCCCAGUUUAGUGGCUUCUGCAGCCUUAAUCCUGAGUGGCUCAUAGCAAUAAACAUUAUCUCCCUUUUUGUUACGGGAAAACAAAUGACUUUUACCAGCGCGCGUUUCGGCACUUUAAUAUUCCAAAAAAGAGGAAACCCCAGCCUGUAAGAGAACAUCGACAGCCAUCUGUCAAGCCCCCAUGACGCAGCCACCAACCACCACCUCUCUGCAAGCUACCAUUAGGGAAAUCCUUAAAAGACCCUUUCCGACAAAGGCCGGGCUAAACUACAAUUCCCAGAAUUCUCUUCAGACCAGCGCAGUACGAACAAACUCGCUGGAUUCGCCUCAUAAGCAAACGUGAGCACAGCGGCGUUUCUAAGAGACGGCCGCCCGCCGGGCGACUGAUGGGUCCGCUGUCCAAUCUGCUCAACGGGCUCCUCGCGAACGACCCAAUAGCGUUUCAAGGCGUCGGAAGGGUGGGCGGGCACCCUUGAGGGAAUAGCUGGCUCACUGGCCCUUGGAUGGAGGGCAAGGGAAAAGGAGGGGGCUUGUUGCGAAGGUGGAGCGAGCGAGGAGCGAGGGGGACGGGCCAGUCGCGUCCUGCGGGGACUGCAGCUGAGGCGGCGGAGAGUUGGCGACGAAGCGGUUAACCCUGCAGCGACAGAGACAACGGCCGUUCGGCGACUGCCGCUGAGCCGCUGACUGGGUUGCCUGCCGCCUCCGUUAGCUGCCCCGCCCGCCGGUCCCUGCGCCUCGCGGCUCUCUCCCUGCGCCUAGUCCGGCCCGGCCCCGCAGUCACCAUAGAGACAGCGGCGGCGGAGGCGACGACGGCGCCGCUUGCUCGCAAGCCAUGGGCAGGAGCCUGCUGCUGGGCUGCGCCGGGCUGAACCGGAGGGCGCCGCGGGACAACCGGUAAUAUCGCCUCCCCCCCCCCCACCUCAGCCCCACUUCUCUCCUCGGAGGCCCUCGAGAGGAAGAGUGAACCCCGCGCCGGCCUCGCUCUGAGGGGGAAGGAGCGCCGGCCGCCGCGUUCCAGGUAGGCGCUUCCCCUCAGGGGCUGGCGAGCGGGGCAUGGGGUGGGGGAGCGCGGUCGUCACCCGGCCUUUGGCCUCCCCUAGCCAGCGAAAGGCCGCUUCGGCGGGGUGUGCGCAAGUGCCGCCGGCCCGCCUGGUCGGGGGGGGGCGGCGGCGGGAGGGAUGCUGCUUCGGAGGCGCCGGGGGGGGGGGUUGGCGGGGCCUCGCGGGAUGCGCCUCUGGUAGAGCUUAAUAGCGGAGGGAGCAGCGCCGGGUUUUGGGCAUGGGAGGAGGAGGCUACACGGAGGGUAACCUUCAGAGCAUCAGUAAAUCACCCGUAAUUUCGUCCCGCCGGUUAUCUAUCCCGGUUUUCCGUGCAGGGGCAGGAGGGGGGCGGGGAUGCUGCAUUAUUAGGGGGGGCGGAAUCAUCUCCCAGCCUCGGAUGGGAGAAGAUCUGGCAGCGCUUGGCCACUUCUGGUGUGUCUUCUCCUAAGGCCCCCUCUGUUCGCUUUGCAGGGUUGGGGAGCGGGGUAGCUGCUCGUUGUGGGUGUUUGGUAACUGGGCAGCAGCGGUGAGGCGCAUCGCAGAAGUUUCCUGCCUGGUACCGAUGAAAUGGCAAGUGAUGCUCUCGCGGUUUGAGAGCGGUUCUGCUGCAAAAAUAUAGGCUCUGCGGGGUGGUGGGAAAAGAGCUCUUUCGCUUAUUUCGGCAAAGGUCUGGCUUUCCCUGCCUUUCUUUCAUUGCUCCCCGAGGGGAAAACUAGGCUGCUUGACUUGUAAAUCUGCUAAUGUUGAUGCUUCUGUGUUUCCUUUAGUCAUACAAAUAUGCUCUGGCAUACAGGCAGAUGGAGGCUGAGGCUAAACAUUGCCGCUGCUAUCAGCAGUUGCAUGAAGAUAUGAAUACAGAUACAUAGACUUUCUUUUAAAAGAGAGAGGUAUGGUCCUCUGCCAGAGAUCUUUAAAGAGACCAACUGCCAGCAAUGGGUGUAGAGAAAAUCUGCUAGAGAGGGUUGGCAAUGUUGUGUCUUUCUGCCAUGAAACAGCAAGAGGGAUGGUUAAAUGAUACUUAACCUUAAGUAUAGCACCAAGUAUUGGUGGGUUUCAGAAUGAUGCUAAAAUAUAGAUGCUUUGAGACUAGCAUUUUCUGUUAGUAACAGUAAGAUAUAUCACAGAUAUAUCCUACCAUACAAGUUAUUUAAGACUAAUAUAUGUAGAUGACUUCAGAUUUUAAAAAAUAAUCAAGCAGUUUAUAAAUUUCUUGAAAUAAAUAAACUUGCUCUGAUGUUGGUUAGUCAGGAAAUAGUUAUUUUAGGCUAUAGCAGGUAAUGUUUUAAAUUUGCUUCUCUGAUUGGGACAUACCAAAUGGUUUUUAAGCCAGCAAUUGUUAUUCUUAUAAAGAUUAUAUACAUUUCACAUUUUUUGCUUAGUGUGGUCUUGACCUUUUGUGUUUAUUGCUGUUGUUUGUUCAGAAAUAAGCCCCACUGAGAUAAACUGGAUAUACUCCCAGGUAACUGUGCAUAGGGUUGCAGCCCAAGGUGUGUAAAAUGAGAUAAAGUAAUUUUUUUCUGGUGUAUUUAAACCAGUCAUUGAAAAUGCAUUUGCAGAGAAGUAUCAAAUGAACCACAACAAUGAAGGUGAAUAUUUUAAAGGACCCGUAACUUUCAAAAACCUUUGCAGUAUAUUUUAUAUAUUGUGUCAUCUAGAAUACUUUUUUUUGCCCGACCACAAUGUUGAAAACUUUCAUGGUGAAAGCAGUGAAGUAAAGAAUAUGACAGAAUAGCACUUACCCAGAGUAAGAGAGUCUAAUAUUAGUGCAGAAUAUCCUGCACUAUAUCAAACGUUCUUGGCACUGAUAAUCAAUAUUUAAAUUAUAAGUGAGAUGUGCCAAGGCUUGAGUUUACAUAAAUUUCUGUGAGUAGCUGUUUCAAAAUAUUUUCAGUGGGAUUCUUUCUUUAAAUGUUUGGAACUGAUCCCUGGUCUCUGAUCAAGUCUUGUGAAUAGUAAUCUUGCCUUCCUUUGGUUGUGUGCUCAUAUGGGAAGUAGAAGAAACUUAUGCAGAUUUGUCCCAAGACAAAAGAGAAAAAAUAUCAUAAUAAUGAAAGACAGUAUUUGGCAUCACUUGUUCUCUUGGAGUUCAAAAAAGCAAGGGAGCUUUGAAGUCCUUUAGACUGAAGAAAGCAUGUGGAAAACAAGGGAUGGGAUGCUUUACUUGUCUGGGCUUUAAGGUUUUGUGGGGGGCAGGUACUGGAAGGGAUUAUUGCAGAAUCUGAAUGGGUGGGAUGUACUGUGUGUGUCUUCUAACACGUCCAUUCAAGAAAAAAAGAUGCACAAAAUGGGGUUGGUGUGAAGGUUAAAGGUAAAGGGACCCUUGACCAUUAGGUCCAGUCGCGGACGACUCUGGGGUUGCGGUGCUCAUCUCGCUUUAUUGGCCAAGGGAGCCGGCGUACAAAUUCUGGGUCAUGUGGCCAGCAUGACUAAGCCGCUUCUGGUGAACCAGAGCAAUGCACGGAAACGCCGUUUACCUUCCCGCCAGAGUGGUACCUAUUUAUCUACUUGCACUGGCAUGCUUUCAAACUGCUAGGUUGGUAGGAGCUGGGACCGAACAACGGGAGCUCACCCCGUCGCGGGGAUUCGAACCGCCGACCUUCUGAUCGGCAAGCCCUAGGCUCUGUGGUUUAACCCACCACGCCACCCGCUGUGAAGGUUAGGAUGCAGCUUAUACCUCCUUGACACUGUCUUCUUAGGGAAAACAUCUCCAUACUUUUAAGAACUGAGUUUGGAGUAAACAAGUUGCACAAUGCAUCCUUAUUUAGUAAGAAAAGCGUAAAACACUUCCUAGGCUGGUAAAAUACAAAGAAUAUAUUUUUGGAACUUAAUAGACAUUUUUAUCAGAUAAAAGCUUGGUUAAAUACAAACAGAUUAUAACUUGUUCAGAAUGACUACCGUGUUCCAGUUCACCAGUUUGUCUGUGACUGUAUCUCUCAGCUGAUGAAAAUUUUAAUCUGACUGAUGUGAUCUGUUCUAAGUGUAAGGUUCACAUGACCUUACUAAAACACAGCCCUAGAGUUUUAUUUUAGGAGUGGUGGCGGUGGCAGCAGAAUACAAUUAUUACAAGUUGCAAAACAGAAAGCUGGUGUGUUAUAAUGGCUUGACAUAAACUAUGCAGUACAUUGAUUUAUUCCUUGUUUUUCUGUUGGAUAAGCUGUGUCUAGCAUCCCUUAAAGAGACAGAACAUUGGGUUUUUUAAAUAGCUUUGGAAGAAUUUCAGUGUUCAUAUAUUGCUGGUUUUUAAUUAGAAUUAAUGAUUACUGUAUUUGAAUAGUCUUUGAUACUUGGGCCAUAAAAACAUGUUGCCCCCCCUCCCCCCGCCAGUAACAUUUGAAAAAUGUUACAUUGCUUUAAGUUUAUUGGAAACAUGUAUUGCAAAAUGAUCUGCUAGUGCUAGUGUGUUGGGUUUCUUUUUUGGAUAGUACACUGGAUGGAAUAUGUCAAUACUUUUCAGUAAAAAGAUUCCUUCUGCCCCAAUUCUGGUUUGAAUCCUGAGAUCUUAUGAACAGAACUUAAUUCAUAAGACACUUGCUGGUAGAACUGGAGGAGGCCUUUCUUGCUGUGGAGGACAAGUGUGGGACUGUGGGGGAAAGGUUGAGUUGACUUCCUCCUUCAGCAAGUGGAAAUCUCAGCUGGAGCAAAGGCCUUUCCAUAAGCAGAAGGAGCCCUUUCUUCUAUUCAUGGAAGGGCAACUGCAGACCCAAGCAUAUUUUCCUAAAUUUAAGAUUAAUUGUACUUCAUAUAGCCUUAAUGAUUCACCUUUGCAUCUUGGUAUGUAGCAUUAGUUUCUUGUGGUGUGGAAGGAGUUGCAUUGUGGUGAGGAUUGUAGUGGCCUGAUGUGGCUCUGAUUUCAUUGCCUGAUUGGGCAAUGAAAUGUCAUUCAACAUGGAUGUGCUUGUUGGCAAAAGUGAGUGGGGUCUAGGCAUGUCCACACUUAUUCUGCAUGAAUUGUGAUGUAAUAUGGAAGGCAUUACAGCUCACUGAGGAGAACCUAUUUUGUUUACAAAACUAGAAAUCUCUCUUCCUUCUCAAGAGUGGUGUGGGUUUUUAAAAUAAUAUCUUCAUGGAAAAUUCAGUGUGGAGAUAGCAGUAGUACUGAUGCUGCAAUACUGGAAUUAAAAGAACUGUUAACUGGUUCCUCAUGUCCAAGGAAGCUUUUGGCUUGGAUUUCCAAAAGCCAUUUGUGAUAAAGUGUAGGAAUGUUGUGUUCAAAGGGAGCAACAUCAGAACUUUCAUUGGGAAUGAGCUAGCUCUUGGAUACAUCUUUGGAUGAUGGCUACAUUCUUUAGUAUUAAUUACUUGAAAUAUAGUGUCUGUAUUAGCUGUCAUAUAACAAAAACAAUAGGCUGGAUGAAAGUCAGUAAACUAAAAUGGAAUUGCUAUAAUAAAGAGGUGUUGUGGGUAGGUAGUUCUUAUAUCCAGGAACUGGCUGCACACCUUGCUUUAGAGGGGCUUGCCUUCUCCUUGAGGGGUCAGGUAUGUAGACUGGUGGUACUUCAAGAUCCAGCUUCGUAACUGAGCCCAUAUGGCCUCAGUGGCACCAAGUGUCGUGUCCUUUUCCAGCUUCAAUUAGUUCAUUGGCUAUGGCUUUGCAAUAGUGAUGCAUGCCCUGGUAAGCUCCUAUUUUGGUUACUAUAAUGUGUUUUGUGUUGGGGUGCCCAAGAAGUUGAGAUGGAAGCAGCAGUUCAUGCAGAACAUGCUGUAAGAUUGUUGACUAGUUCAUCCAAAUGAAAUCUCAUCAUACUGAUUCUGAGGGAGUUACACUGCCUGCCUAUAUGCUUCUGGGCUGUAUUCAAAUUGCUGGUGCUGUUUACCAUAAAGUGAUAAACAGCUUGGGGUCCAAAGAUCUCCAUAGCUUAUCUCCAUACCAUCCUGUCCAUGCGCUAAGAUAUUCCAAGGAGCUCUUCUCUGUGUACAAAUGGUUGGGGGAUAUGUAGUGACUUUUCCCCGGGCACAUCCAGAAUUUUAGUAUAUUAUUUUUUGGUGAUAGGAUUGCCUGCUCUAUUGUUUUAGCUGCUCAAACUGUUCACAUUGGUUUUAUGGUUGCCUUUUAUUCUAUGUGAUUUUAUAAAUUUAUAUUUUGUACCCUGUUCUGGGAUCUAUCAAGUUGAAGGACAGGCUAUAAAUAUUCUUAAACAAAAUAACACAAUGCUCAAUAGGGGAUUUUGCUGUUUUGUAAAGGUGACUGCAGUGUUUCCUUUCCUAAUAGGUUAAAAGGGAUUGAUCCUUUUCUUAAUAGCUUCCCAGAUUAUUGUUUUUGGGCUUCUUGUUCUUCUAUCUCCACAUUUGUAAGACUGUUUAUUUUUAUUCCCCACCUGUCAUUAAAUAUUGAGAAUGCUAAAACAAUGGUCGCAACAUUUCUGGUAGUUGAUUAGAUGGUUAGUUUAAAUAGUUGUCCAUAAAUGCAGUAGGUGCUACAGAUAUGUGAAAUCAUGGUUAUAAAUAGUAUCUGUAGUUCUUUCACACUCCUCUAUAUGGAGGUCAAGCAAAGUCAGUUAAAUCUGAGAGGGAAAAAAUAUUGUGAUUCUUGCAUUGGUAGUCUGCCUGUGGUUUCCAUAAAUAUAAACCAUGGAUUUCUUUUGUUUCUUGUUUAUGGGUGAGCAAGAAUCAUUAAGAAUUGUCUGCUCCAAAGCAGUAUGUAUGGAAAUAUUAUGUUGAACUUGUAUUAGUUAUUGUACAACAAAUCUCCAAAGUUCAGCAAUAUGUUAUGGGAGAAACAAACCUGUGGUGCCUUAAUACUGGUGGAAUGUUAGCUUAGUGAAGUCAGGAUUCUACAUGUGCUUAGGAGAAAAGGCAAAAUGAUAUUGCUUAUUGCUUUAAACUACAGAAAAUGUAGUAACACUCUGUGUACAUAUGCACACAGCAUCUGUGGCAACAUUGCUGACACAUACUAAUUGUAGCUUGGUGCAUCAUCACCGUUUCAUCAAUCAUGCAUAGAAGCAACCAAUCAGUGCAUGGUGAUGGUAGAUUGUCCCCAAUCAUUGCAUAGUGAUGGCAGAAUGUCUCCAAGGCAUCAUUCCACUACUUAGGUGGUCAAAAAUCCACCAACCUGCAUUCAGCAGUGUAAAUCAUCAUGACACAUCCCAGCAUGACCCUGGCAACAGUCACUUUUCAGGCAUAUUUGCCGACAGGGUUUGAAAUCCUCCUAUAUCUCUUCCAUGCAAUAAAGCACAGGAACACAAACAAUAGCUUGAACAAGCCACAGUUCCUCAUAUUCAUAUGAAAUGGGAACUGACAGUUUGUUGCGAACAGCAAGUAGAAGCUUUGGUCUCCUCCCUUUGUGCAUGGAGGAGGAGUCCAUAAGCCCGAUACAAGUGCCCAUUCACAUUCAUAACAAUAUAUAUUUUUUUAUUAACAAAAUUUAAAUACCACUUGAUUUUAGUAAAGCCUCUAAGUUGUUCACAAGAAAUAGUAAAACUAUCAAUAAAAACAGUUAAAACAUUUAAAAAUAAUUAAAAUUAACAUCAAAAAAGAAUGCAUUUCAACAUCAACUCAGUUGGUUAGAGUGUGGUGCUGAUAAUGCCAAGGUUGCAUGUUUGAUCCCCAUAAGGGACAGCUGCAUAUUCCUGCAUCGCAGGGGGUUGGACUUGAUGAUUCUCAGGGUCCCUUCCAACUCUACGAUUCUUUGCUUCUAUAUGUCUGCAUAGGCCUACCUAAACAAAAACGUUUUAAGCAGGCUCCAAAAAGAGUAUAGUGAAGGCAUUUGUCUGAUGUCAGUAGGCAGGUAGUAUAGGUAAUGCCAUGCUAAAAGAUAAAUUUAUUAGAGCUGCAGAAUGAGUAUUGUGCAGCACACAUAAAAGUGCCAAUUCUUCAGAUUGAAGCAUGGGAACCACUCACCCACAGUGCCUCCAUUUUGCCAGCAUUGUGGCACCACUGUGUCCAGGUACCAGUCCAGGAGCUGUGUGGCCUCUCCUGAUUCAGAUGUUAUGGAGAUAUAGUAAUAAUAAUAAUAAUAAUAAUAAUAAUAAUUCAUUUCUUAUACCCCACACAUCUGACUGGGUUACCGCAGCCACUCUGGGCAGCUUCCAACAAAAUAUAAAAGAACAAAAUGUCACACAUUAAAAGCUUCCCAAAACAGGGCUGUCUACGAAAAGUCAUAUAAUUGUUUAGUUCUUUGACAUCUGACAGAAAGGCGUUCCACAGGGUGGAUGCAAUAACUGAGAAGGCCCUCUGCCUGUUUCCCUGUAACUUCACUUCUCUCAAUGAGGGAACUGCCAGAAGGCCCUUGGAGCUGGGGACCUCGUUGUCCAAGCUGAACAAUGGGGGUGGAGACGCUCCUUCAGGUAUACAGGGCUGAAGCUGUUUAGGACUUUAAAGGUCAACACCAAGACUUUGAAUUGUGCUUGGAUAUGAAAAUUAUGCAGUCUGUUGUUAUAACUUCUUCUAAACAUCCUCCACCCAAUGAAACAUCCUUCAGCUUGGUUGCAGUUUGUGGAGCUGCAGGAGGUUGUCAAAACAGUUGAGUCAACAGUUGGAGCUCAAGUGUUGAAAAAAUUGUGAUGAAUAUGAGAAACCAUUAUAGGGGUUGUUCUGUGGCUCAUCAUCUUUGGCCUCCUUUGGUAUAAUAUAGGUGCAAAGCUUGUUUCACUUGCCUUGCCGUCACCAAUAGCUAGGCGCAUUUUGCCUCAGUCUUUAAAGUGUGCCUUAUAGUAGUUCAGCCUGGAUACUGCUAGUGCAUGGGCAACUGAGACAGGAUCCAUGCUCUCCAGAUAGUCUCAGUUGGUGUAUCAGCUUAAGCUGGUAAAAAACACUUCUGGCCGUUGUUGCUACUUGAGUUUUCCCAAUUUUUCCAGCUGCAUAUUGCAUCCUUCUAUGGGAGUGCACUCCUGUGCAAACUUACCCACUCACAAUAUCUCUGUCAAUAGCAAUUGGCCUAGUGAGCUACUAAAGCUGUGGAAGAUCUCUUUGUUUAUAUAUAAGCACCUGACCCUACUGGUGAAUUGCCUCCAAGAUUAAAAGUUGCUGCACAUGAGCUGUAGAUUUGCUAUCAAUGGGUAUCUGACACCUACAAUAAUUUUUGUGUCAAUAGUGUGAGUAUUUUUCUCCAUUGAAUUGUAUAGUGGUUUCUCCUGUAGCUGUUAACGAUCCAUUAUUGAUAGAAGGUAUAUUUUGUCCUAUUAUAUAAGUUGUAAUACAGCUUUCUUAAAGGAGAAAAUAAUCUAUUUCAAUGGACUUCAUAGUGAGUGUGGUCUGGCGGGGGAUAAGAAACUCUUACCAAUCUCUGAUGAAAUAACUUGGUGUUGAAGGUCAGAGAGGAGUUAGAAUAAAGGAAAGCUGAUAUGGUAAGGGUUUAUGUAGAGAACACAACCUUGGCCAUGAUCUCAUUUUUUUAGCCUUAUACAAGUCAAUGGUUCUCAGCUUAACCCUCCUGCAUAUAGUAUGGGGUGUUAAAAGGAUAAUGGAUUAUCCACAGGGGUGUUACAAGUAUUAGUUUGAUGUGUAUGAAAGAAUUGAGAAGAAUUAAUGUUAUAUUCUAAUGUUGCUCAUUUGAGGCAGGGAUAAACACUCUUCAACUGGCAUAAAGCUUUACAACUUUUAAAAAGGUAUCUGUUGCAGAUACUUUUAUUUCUAAAGGAACGUACUUACACACACAGCAGAAAGCUGACUUCACUACGUAAAAGAUUUUAAAAUAUUUUUGUUUCGUUUGAAAUUUUAUUUCAGUUCUGAAUUGUAAAAUUGAAAAAUAACUUUCUUACAAUAGAGUUAGGAAGGUAUUCAUUUUGCCAUUUUUUAAUUAUCAAGUUCUCAUGAACUUGAUAAGUAUUGCUGUUUAUCUUGAUAGCCUCUGCUUAAAUGGAAGCCACCUUUGGGAGCUGGAUGGUCUCUAUUGA